AUGGACGUGGAUGUACUUAGGUGGAACUGUAGAGGAAUCUGUAACGAUGAGACAUCAAGAGCUCUGAAGGAUCUUAUUUCACAAAAUAGGCCUCUGAUUGUGUUCCUGUGUGAAACGAAAAUAAGCCGAAAGGAGGACUUUGACCGGUUGCAGAGAGCGCUGGGAUUCAUGAAUGCGGAGAUGGUGCUCAGUGAGGGUCUGUCCGGCGGUCUUGGACUGUUCUGGAAUGAUGAGGUAAAUCUGAGAAUGGGUACGACGUCAGCCCAUCAUAUGGAUGCGGUGAUUGUUGGGGAAGCGGUGGGAGACUUUAAUGAAAUCCUUAACAAUGGGGAGAAGAUUGAUGGAGUUGUGCGAGCGGAGAGGCAGAUGAGAGGGUUUCGGGAAGCCCUAGGUUAUGGGGAUCUGUUGGACCUUGGUUUUCAUAGGGCUAUGGCAACAUGGUGGAACUCGGAAACACAAUUGAGGUUGGAUAGGGCGGUGUGUACAACCUCUUGGUAUGAUUUGUUUGGUCAUUCAAAACUUUUCCAUCUGCCUCUAUCGAACUCGGAUCAUGUACCCAUCCUAUUGAAGGCUAGUACAACCCCUCUGGCAUCUCGACCGAAGUAUCAUCGCUUCAAGUUUGAGGCUUUCUGGAUACACCAUCCGGAAUGUGAGGGGGUGGUCAAGGAAGCUUGGGGUACGGACGUUAUGGGGACUUCGAUGUUUUGUGUUGCGAAAAAGAUAAUGCAUACUCCGAUUCAACUCGAUAAGUGGCAGAAGCAACGGGAGAAGAAAGAUUUGAUGGAUAGGCUUCAAAUAUUGUUAUAUCAGGAGGAGUCGUUCUGGAAACAACGGUCUAAGUGGUUUGAAGAUGAUGUUGGGGUUGAGAAUGUGGUUACUACCUAUUUCUCAAAGAUGUUCCAAGCUUCAGAGAUAGAUUUUGACGCGGUCCACACUACAUUGGCAGACAUUCGACCUUCAGUGAACCAAGAGAUGAAUAACCAGCUUUGUGCAUCUUAUACAGUGGAGGAGGUUCGUCAGGCACUCUUCCAAAUGUACCCAACUAAAUCCCCGGGUCCGGAUGGGAUGCCACCUUUAUUUUUCCAACAUUAUUGGGAAAUAAUUGGAACAAAUGUCUUUGAGGUGGUGAAGAGCUUUCUUCACACGGGUCAGUUACUUCGGCAAAUUAACUUUACUCAUAUAUGUCUCAUUCCAAAGGUUGAUAACCCGGAACAUAUGUCUGACCUUCGUCCAAUUGCGUUGUGCAAUGUGAUUUAUAAAGUAUGUUCGAAGGUGAUUGCAAAUAGGUUAAAGGUCAUUCUGCCUCAGGUGAUUUCACCUUUUCAAAGCGCUUUUGUUCCAGGACGUCUGAUUAGAGACAAUAUUCUAGUGGCUAAUGAAAUUGCCCAUUUUGUGCACAACAAGAGGGAGGGAACGGAGGGUGUUAUGGCUUUGAAACUGGAUCUAAGCAAGGCUUAUGACCGGAUGGAAUGGGUUUUUUUGAAGAUGGUUAUGGCCCGGUUUGGAUUUGCUCAAGACUGGAUCAAUAUGGUGAUGAAUUGUGUUUCUUCGAUCAGGUACUCCUUUUUUAUCAGAGGGAAGCCAAGGGGUCAUGUGAUACCGAGUAGGGGUUUACGUCAAGGCGAUCCGCUAUCCCCUUAUUUAUUCCUCCUUGGGGCUGAAGGCUUUUCUACUCUGCUGCAACAGAAGCAGGAGUUGGGUUUGUUAACAGGGAUAGAGGUUUGUGCUACUGCUCCAUCUAUUAACCACUUGUUAUUCGCAAAUGAUAGUAUGAUUUACGCUCAAGCAACUUUGGAAAAUUGUUAUGAACUUCAAGAUGUUAUGGAGACUUAUGGUAGGGCUUCCGGGCAGCUUGUUAAUUUUGAUAAAAGUUCCGUCGCUUUCAGUAAGAAUGUUUCAGAUGAUAGGAGGGAGGAAGUAGCUAAUUUUUUGGGGGUGCAGAUGGUUGAGGUCCAUGAAAAAUAUCUUGGGCUCCCCACUUAUGUGGAUCGGAAGAAGAAGGCUAUGUUUCAGUAUAUCAAGGAUAAAUUGGCGAAGAAGUUAUCAGUUUGGCAAGGGAAGAUGCUAAGUGGGGCUGGAAAGGAUAUUCUAAUUCGUGUGGUGGCUUCAGCGCUACCAACAUAUGCGAUGAGUGUAUUCCAGUUGACAAAGAAUUUUUGUGAUGAUUUGGAACAGAUGUGUGCACGCUUUUGGUGGGGGAGUACCCUAGAUAAGCGGAAAAUUCACUGGAAGACCUGGACUGCAUUGUGCAGUCCUAAGGAGGAAGGUGGAUUAGGGUUUCGUAGUUUGACAGAAUUUAAUAGGGCCAUGCUAGCGAAACAGGCAUGGCGAAUACUUACCAACCCCUCAUCUUUAAUUGCCAGGAUAUAUAAGGCGAAGUAUUAUCUUGAGACAUCGUUUUGGGAGGCUAUUGCACAUGGUUCCCCCUCCUAUUCCUGGCGGAGUAUUUUUUCUACUCUUGAGUUGCUACAGGAAUGUUGUUGCUGGCAGGUUGGUGAUGGAAAAGACAUUCGAAUUUUUACUGAUAAUUGGUUGCUGGGGUCACCUACUGGGCGACCUACACCUUCAACGUUAGCUCAAAACGCAGUCAGUAAGGUUAGUGACUUACUUUCGAACACAGGAGUUUGGGAUGUAUCUCGUCUUCAGAGCCUGUUCCCGCCUCAGGAAGUGGAGUUGAUUACUUCCAUACCUCUGAGUAGACGAGUGGUUGCGGAUAGGCUGGUCUGGAAGCUGACAAAGGAUGGGCGAUAUUCCGUGAAAUCUGCGUACAGGUUCUCUUUCUCUUCUUCUGCUACCCAUUAUCCUAUGCUCUCUUCUUUGGGGAGUGUCUUCUGGAAGAAAUUAUGGAAGGGUGGCGUCGGUUUUGUUAUACGUAAUGAGACUGGAGCAAUGUUAGCAGGAGGAGCUUGUCCGGUGUAUGGUUUGCUUUCUCCAGAACAUGGGAAACUGUUGGCUUGCAAGAAGGCUGUGGAGUUUGCGAUAGACCAUUCUUUCCUACCUAUUAUUCUAGAGACGGAUGCACUGAAUGUUCAGCGUCAAUUGAUGGAUGCUACUGCUACUAAUACUUCGGUGUUAGGAAGAUUGUAUGAUGACUUAGUUUCACAGUUGGAAGCCUCAUCAGUGUUGAGGGUGGCUUAUAUUGGGAGAAAGUCAACUAGCAACUCAUGCUUGCUCUCUCUCCCAAGAUUGUUUUUAUUUUUCUGUUCCUUCGUUCCUCUCAGCUGCAACUGCAGCUGA